AUGUCCCGCGCUGCAUCAAAGUCCCGUGCUGAGAAGGGGCGCACCAACUCUGCCCCUGCACCCCCCCCUCCUCCUUCCCAGAGUCCAGAUGUGGUGGACAUUGUCCCGGGCCGCCUGACAGAGUCCAACUGGGUGUCCAUGCUAGGGCAGGAGGAAGGAGAGGAGGUGGUGGUGGAGGUCCUGUAUGAAUUCAUGAACCAUGUCAUGGAGAAGUGUUACACUGUGUACCUCCAGAGACAGGUGAGGCCUUACGUUCACAGGUGGAGACUACCUGUGUCAGACAGUAGUCUGAUACAAUCACUGUGCAGAGAUGACAUUCUAAUUAGGUUUCAAACAAGUAUUAAUAAAUGUACUGUAGCCAAUUAAGAAUCCUUCAGUUUAUGUGCUUAUCAGUCUAAGGUGGGUAGUAUAUAUACUAUUGAUUUAAUCAAUUCACUUUACAAUAAGUGCCUUCCUUUGCUCAGAGGAUCAAAUGCCCUGAUUCAAUCUGGCUGGCAACCAAUUUCACUUUUCUAUCCUCUCACCAAUAAUGCUGAUAAUUCUUUGCGGGACUGUCAAUGAAAUGUAUUUUCUCUAGCCAGAGCCAUUCACAGCGUCCUGGGCCCGAGAUUCUUUGGUGCAGAUUCUGGAGUGGCAGUUCCUGGUCCAGGAUGAGGGGGAGGGACCAGACAGUGCCCCCUCCUGGGCAGAAGAUUCAGAGCCCCUGCCGUCAACUACAGACUCCUGGGCACAAGGCUGUGUGCUUGUUCUGCAAGCCAAGCCAACAAAAUACCCUUCUCCCCUACAGGUAGCUCUGAACAAUACUCCAUCAAGAUGCAUUGUGUUUCCGCUCUGACAAUUCUACCUGGAAAUAACCCAAAAUGUCAAGGAUAUAUCUAGCAGUAAAUAUGUAGUAGUAAAGGAAGUAGAAAUAGUAAAAUAAGAAAAUUCCAUGAAAUAUAUUAUUUGAAGCUAGUUGCUUGCUUACUGGUGAGUGGCCGGUGUAAAGCUAAUACUGUAAAGCUAAUAAUUUGAUCAUAAUAAUGUAAUCUAACACAUCUCUGGUGUUUUCCUCCAGAGGUACACUCCAGUUGGUGAGGUGGCUGGACGGACAGGUCAUAGGGCCAAUCACAGGACUCACACAGUGAGCCAGCUUAGUUCCUCACUCAAGCAUUCCAGAGAAGACAGAAAAGCAAGAGAGCCACCAGGUUUUAGGGGUUUCAAACUAUCCCCUGCCCCCCCACCCAUAACUGAGGGAGGAACGAGGAGGCAGCAUCACUCAUCACCCACCACUCCUACAGAGGACUACCUGCAGUCUCCAAGUCAUUCUCUGAACAGCUCAGUGACUGAGGAAGAAGAGUAUGUAGAGACAUUCCCAAACAGCUCUGUCCAAAGUGCUAAGCUCCGUCCUCAGCUUGGAGGCUUCCCAGCUAUCCCGAGACUGGAUCUUGCCUCUCUUCCACGCCAUUGUGUCUGGCCCCAAUAUGAGGUGCUGGAUGCCAGUCCCUCAAAGCGCCAUCCAUGGAGAACCGGAGGUCCACUGGCAGCAGGGCAGAAUCGUGAGAAACAACACACCACACAGACAAAGGCAAUGAAACCCUUGACCAACUACAAAGGCCCAUCCAGGGCCCAGAGGAGAAGUGCCCUGACUGGGACAGUCUGUCUGGCAAUUAGAAGGAGUAUUCCACAUGGGGGCAACAGUGAGGGGAUUGUACCCUUCUCUGGCACUCUGAUGCUGGACAGCAUGGAGCUGGCCUCAGGGGUCACUCUCAAAGGCCCCCAGGGGACCCGUUUCAGCCCCCUCAAAGGAUGCCCAGCCCAGCCAGAGCACAGUGCAGAGCUGAAGCCCAUACGGAACAAUCUGCUUGUGCCACUGUUUCCCCUGGAGUAG